GCGCCAAAAGUAUUACUUUUUGUUUUGAUUUCCUAUUUCCUUUCUUUCUAUUACGAGUUGUCAAAAAAGGAAAAUGGCUGCACAUAAAUCAUUUAGAAUAAAGCAGAAGUUAGCUAAAAAACUUAAACAAAACAGAUCUGUUCCACAAUGGAUUCGUUUAAGAACAGGCAACACAAUUAGAUACAACGCUAAAAGGCGUCACUGGAGAAGAACUAAAUUGAAGUUGUAAGCUUGUAUUUUAAUAACAUAACAUUUGUGUACAUUGUAUGCGCCGGAAUGAGCAGUUUAAAUUCGGAAUACAUAAAUUUUAAAACAGCUCGAUCAAUAAACAAAAUUAAUUAAAAA